AUGGCGGCAGCUGCGGCGAUAAUUCCUGCUCAGGAGCGUGGCGGUAUUGCAGGCGGCGGUCGUUCAUGGAGUCAGUUGCAGGACGUGGAGGGUGAGUUGCGUCGGGAGUUUGCAGCCUGGGUUCGUACUGCCCGGUUUGAGGACGUAGCGGAGGACGAGCUGGAGAUGGCGGAACAGGAGUGCGGUGCCUCGGGCCAGGGCGGGUACUACUACCGGGUGUUAGAGUGCCUAUGUCGGGGAUCACGCAAGGUGCGGGCCUGCAAAAGGUCGCCACGGUCUGGGUUCGUGAGUGUGAUCUUCAGUUUCAACCAUUUGUCGCAGGGAGCUGCUGCGGUGAAGAAGUGGGUGCUUGAAUACCCCGUGGACACCUCCUUAUUGAUUGAUGAUGAGUUGAAAAGGCUUGUUAGUGAGGAGCUGCUGCCCGCUACACAAAUUGCGCUCCCUCCCUUUAUUGGUCUCCGUUCCAGCUUCUGCCACCACCCGAAACCUACGGCGAUCCGGCAGCUAUGCGCCUCCAAGGAUGUUGAGACGCUGGUCUGCAUUACCGGCGUCUGUCUGCGGCUCUCCUCCGUCAUUCCCGAAAUGCAGGUGGCCGUCUUCCGUUGUACUGGUAAGGCGUCGCGCAACUUCCAAUACGUACUAUGUAACCACGAGGUCUCCGUACCCGUCAUCGCGGGCACCGUCGCAGAGCCACAGGUCUGCGAAGCAUGCCAGGGCCGCAAGACCCUGACACUCGCUCAUGACAAAUGCGUCUUCGCCAGCAGACAGGUCUGCAAAUUACAGGAACUACCCGACCAAGUGCCAGAAGGCGAACCACCCCAGAUGCUUUUCGUAUACCUUUACGACAACUACGUGGAAUGCUGUCGACCUGGUGAUGUCAUCGCCGUUACCGGAGUUUAUCGCACGGUGGAGACUAGGGUCAACCCGCGCACCCGCAACCUCAAGAAAGUCCAUAAAAUAUCGAUAGACGCGUUUUCGGUUUCUACGGAAGGCACGAAUGUGUUCGACGUGGAUGUGAAUCGGCCGUUUGCGCCUUCGUUUGUGGGCGACGCGCAUCGUUUGGCGGCUGACCCGGGAUGCUACGAGCGUUUAGUGUGUUCAUUUGCACCGGACAUUUGGGGAAUGGCGGACGUGAAGAAGGGAUUAUUGUGUCAGUUGUUUGGCGGGUUAACUGAGCACGUGGAUGGUGAAGGAUCUCGUAUGCAGUCGCGAGGUGAGUUACAUGUGCUACUAUGCGGCGACCCUGCUGUGGCAAAAUCGCAGUUGCUACGGUAUGUUAACAAGUUGGCUACACGAUCAGUGUAUGUGGUCGGUCGCGGUACGACGUCUGCGGGUCUGACGGCGAGUGUGACCCGUGACCCAGAGACGAAGGAGUUCGUGAUGGAGUCGGGAGCGGUCGUGCUCAGCGACCGCGGAGUAUGUUGCAUCGAUGAAUUCGACAAAAUGAAUGACCACACACGCGCGAUUCUACACGAAGUUAUGGAGCAACAAACCGUCUCCUUUGCCAAGGCAGGCAUCGUCUGCUCCCUCAACGCACGUACUGCCAUACUUGCCUCUGCGAAUCCUAUCGGCAGCCGCUAUGACACCAAGAAAAGCGUCGUCGAAAACAUCAACCUACCUGCUAGCCUGAUGAGCCGAUUCGACCUCAUUUUCUUGUGCCUAGACCUGCGCACUGACGAAAAUGACGAACGACUCAGUAGACACAUCUGCCGCCUCUUCCGCGAAACACCCAACGCUCAACCGGAAGUGGUCCACCUGGGAAUGAACGAGCCGAGUGGCCGCAACGGACGUGACCAUCGAAUGGAGGCGGAACCGAGAUCGGCGCCGGAGUCUAGUUCUGGCGGAGUUUUGAGCCCUGCGUUUUUUGCGCAGUAUGUGACCUAUGCGCGGUCUACAUGCCGGCCGGAGAUGUCUGGAGAGGCGGAGACUGCAUUGGUGGAAGCGUACGUGGGUCUACGGGGAGUGGGUGGACGGAAUCCGGUGGGGACGCCGCGGCAGUUGGAUUCGUUGGUACGGUUAGCAACGGCUUUGGCGAAGAUGGAGUUGGCACGGGAGGUACGAGCGCGACACGUGCGUGAAGCGGCCCGACUGAUCCGGGCGGCAACAUACGAGGCCCUCACGGACGCGGCAACGGGAAAACUGGACUUUGACCAGUUGACAACGGGCAAGUCACACAGCCAGCGACUGCGCGAGAAGGUCUUGUGCAACAAGGUACUGGACCUACUGGAUGCCGUGAAACCCGAUGGCCUGAGUCGAGAAGACCUCGGACUGCGUGUAGACGAAUAUCUCGCGCGCUGCCUCCGAGGCGAAGAAACAAGUCUUGUCGACACCCGGAACCGGGUCGAUGGCGUCGACCCACAAGUCGUCUUCGCACCCGUCCGCAUGCGAGAAGUCGCCGAUAUCGUAGCGCUACUCGAACGGACGCGCAAAAUCGGUCCCAUCAGCGGCCAACGCUACACCAUAAUUAACUAG